UUUGAUAGGUGAAGACUUGUGACUUUAUGUCAACCAUAUAUAUGAACAUAUGAUUUGCUUAAGAUAUCAAGUCUUUGAAAUUUUUCAUUUUUUCAUUUUUUUUGUUAUGCUUGGCUGCCAAGAAAGUGAGAGAAACUGAAGGAAAAUCACCUUCACAUGCCAAGAAUCAAGCUUGUUUUAGGUAGAAAGAAGAUGGAAACCAGCUUUGUUCCAUCACUAUGGUGACCGGAAAAUUUUUCUUCAUGAGGCUGUUUCGGGGGCUUUUCUACCUACACUUGCUCCUGAUCGCAGUCUUGGUGAUCUUUCUUACCAUCCGCGGUUUCCUUUCAGCUGGGAAAGACCGCCGUUUUCACCACCUGAAGUGGUACGCUCCACUGCUGUCUUCUAUAGCAUGCGGAGGAGCCAUUGCUCUAGCAUGGCAGUCAAUCACCCGCUGCAACCCUUCCGGCGCUGUGAGGGCGGCCUUUUGGCUUAGCCCUCUGCUAACAUGUGGGGUUGGUGUGCUAUUUGUUUCUAUUGGUUUUACGGGAAGUUUGGCAGCGGGAGUUCUUGUUCUUGUUUUUUCGGUAAUCCAGUCUCUCUACGCCUGUUGGGUGAAUCCCCGGUUUGAAUAUGCUACAAAGGUUUUAUCGAUUUCGAUGGCUCCCUCUCCCCCAAGUACUGGUUUUGUCUUUCUAUCGGUUGUUUCUGGCACGGUUUAUGCCACUUUCUUGGUGGCUGGCAUUGGAGGAGCCACCGCCAUUGGAACCAGCAUAGACACCGUGUUCAUCCUGGUAAUCCUACUGAGCUUAGCCUGGACAAUGCAUGUGAUCAGGAACAUACUGCAUGUCACCAUGGCACGCAUUGUGUUCCUGAAAUUCAUGUGUGGGAUCGAGUUUGACACCCAAGUGGCUCUCCUAGACACGAUUAGAUACCUAGUGGGAAGCAUUUGCAUUGGCUCAGUUCUCGCCCCGGUUCUUGGGGUCAUUCGAGGAUCAGCCCGAGCCAUGAAUUUGGUUGCAGGGGACACGGAUGAGUUUAUGUUCUCCUGUGCUAAUUGCUACUCAGGUGUUGCCUCAACGCUGAUAAUGUAUGGAAACCGAUGGGGUUUUGUGCAUGUGGGGGUUUGUAAUAAAGGGUUUGUGCAGGCAUCAGGCGAGACAUGGGAAAUGUUCAAGCGAGCUGAGCUGGAACCAGUGAUCAACUAUGACCUCACCGGUUCAUUCUGUUUCCUUUCUGGGGUGGCAGUGGGUGCAAUAUGCACCCUCGUGGCCGGAUCAUGGGCUCUAGUCAUUCAUAAGAGCUACGCUACAGAAGUAUCUAUAUACGCCUUCUUAAUCGGCUAUUUGAUAUGUCGAAUAGCUAUGGCAUGGCCACAAGCUUGUGUUUCAGCAUACUAUGUUGCUUACUCAGAGGACCCACAGAGUGUACGGUUCGACUCAACUACUAUCCAAGAUUGCAUUCAUAGGAUCCAAAGAUAUCGAGCUUAACAAUAUAAUUAGAAGCAGUUCUAGCUGCAUGAGGAACACCCUGGUCCACUGGCUAAAGACUCAACACUAAAACUCAACAGUAUACGAACUGCUAAAAUUUUUUGUUCUUUUGUUGUGUGAAUAGAGGAGUGUUCUCGUAGAUCAGAUGUUUUCAGCUUUCGCUAUUGAUGUAUAUUCCAUAGAAUACUUAGGUAAUGGACUAGAAUCGGAAACAUGAUUGUCAGCUAA